GCCCCGCCCCGCCCCGCGGUUUUCUGUCCGGCGGGCCGUCCGCCGCGCUCCCUGCGCGCCUUGCUCCGCGCUCUCUGCGCGCCGGGCCAUGCUGUGCGGGCAGCAGGAGAGCGGCGGCGACGGCGCCGCCCCCGCGCGGUACGUGUUGGGGGUGGACGUGGGCAGCACGGUGGUGAAGUGCCACGUCUAUGACCGGGCGGCCGCGGUCAGAGGCUCCAGCUGCAGGAAGGCAGAAUCACUUUAUCCUCAUCCUGGCUGGGUUGAAUUAGAUCCUGAAGUGCUAUGGAGUCACUUUGUUGGUGUAAUAAAAGAGGCUGUACAAGCUGCGGGACUUCACAUGAGGCAAAUUGCUGGUCUUGGCAUCUCAACACAGAGAGGAACUUUCAUUACAUGGCACAAGAGGACAGGGAAACCUUUUCACAAUUUCAUAAGUUGGCAAGACUUAAGAAGUGCUGAACUUGUGAAUUCCUGGAAUAAGUCCCUUCUGCUGAAGGUAAUCCAUGUUAUUUUUACAGUGCUUCAUUUCUUGACUGGGAAUGAUCGAUAUUUGGCACCAAGUUUUCUUACUUUUUCAACACAACAGACUUCUAUGAAGUUGUCGUGGGUUUUUAAAAACAUACAUGAGGCUGAAGAAGCUGCCAAAAAAAAUAACUGCUGCUUUGGAACUGUUGACACAUGGUUACUGUAUAGAUUGACUAAAGGUUCUGUGUAUGCUACAGAUUACUCAAAUGCCAGUGCUACAGGCAUUUUUGAACCCUUUACGAAAUGUUGGAAUCCCACUUUGUCUAAUUUACUUUCUAUUCCAAUGUCUAUUUAUCCACCAGUGAAAGACACAAGCUUCAACUUCGGGUCAGCUGACUCUGAAAUAUUUGGGGUACCUAUUCCAAUAAUGGCAAUGGUAGCUGAUCAGCAGUCAGCUAUGUUUGGAGAAUGCUGCUUUCACCCAGGAGAUGUUAAACUGACAAUGGGAACAGGUGGUUUCUGGAACGUGAAUACGGGAGAACAUCUCUUUGCAUCAUGGAGAGGUCUGUAUCCACUGAUUGGUUGGAAGAUUGGGGAAGAAGUUGUUUACUUAACUGAAGGCUGUAUGUCCGACAUUGGCACUGCAAUAAAAUGGGCUCAGGAUAUAAAUCUUUUCACCAAUGUAGAUGAAACAGCAAAAAUGGCACGGAGUAUUGUUGAUUCUCAAGGUGUUUGUUUUGUUCCAGGCUUUCAGGUUUCUGUGAAUGAUCCGUAUUUAUGUGCCUCUUUCAUGGGGCUGAAACCUUCCACUACCAGAAACCAUCUUGUACGAGCUAUAUUGGAAUCUGUAGCUUUCAGAAACAAACAGCUUUAUGAUAUCAUUGUGAAGAAGGUACGCAUUCCUCUUCAAACAAUUCGAGCUGAUGGAGGUGUCAGUAAUAAUAGUUUUGUUAUGCAGAUGACUUCAGAUUUAAUUAAUAAGAAAAUAGAAAAGCCUGCAAAUGCAGACAUGUCUAGUCUUGGUGCAGCUUUUCUAGCAGGCCUUGCUUCAGGAUUUUGGACUGACAAAGAACAACUAAAGAAACUAAGGCAAAUAGAAGCCGUUUUUGAGCCCCGGAAGGACUCAGAGGAAUACAGACCUGCUAUGGAUACCUGGCUGCAAGCAAUGAAACACUCCCUGCACUGGUAGAAAUUGGCAUUUUAAUGAAGGAAGAAUUAAAAUGUUUUCAUUCAUAUUUAUAAAAUCUUGACAUUAACAGGACACUAAAAACAUAACUGAAAUUUGUGAUGGUAUAUAUAUAAAGUUAUACAGUCCUUCAGUACCCCCUUCUGCUAGAUUACUUGCCAUAAUGAACCUUCAUGUCAUCCCUGUAGCAGCUGUAGUCCAGCUGCAGUAUUUGUGUCCCUUCAGUGACCUCCUUCGGGUGGCCCAGCUGCUUGAAUCUUACUGUGUACUAGAGAUGGGGAGUUUUUUCCUAUGAUGGGUUUUCUACUGAGGAACUCGCCUCCCUUUGUAUCUGUAAAAUCUUUGGUAUGUUAAUCAUCAAGGAGGGGUGAAAGGCACAUACACUUCCCUAGGCAUUUCUAAGAAAUGUAAAAUGAUUGUUGGGGGGUGGGUUGGAAUGAACUUGAUUGUGUACAAAGAUAUUUUCUUAUUAGUAGCCUGUUACCAGCUUUUCGUUGACUUUCUAUGGAAGCAUUUGACCCAACUAUCUGAUGACAUUUUUAUGCACUAAAUUAAGAUUAAAUACAGGGGCAAAUAGGCUUUCAGUACUCCAUUUAAAAAAAAAAAAAUCUCCAGGAUUUUUGUAGCUGAUGGAUCCUAUCUAGCUUUUAGCUAAUUUAAAAAAAAAAAAUAUUGGCUAAUACAAAUACAUUAAAAGUAGUUACAGGUAUGCUAACUUGGAAAAAUCUGUAACAUUAGUAUUUUCAAUCACAUUGUUAAAUCCUAUUAUUACUAGCUGAAAGAGUGUCAAAAGUCUAUUUUUGAAGCUCUGAAUGGCUUCUAUAUUUUUUUAAAGAAGUUAUAAUUACAUGCAUAGUUAUUAUGUAUUUGUUUAUCACUAAUCUUAAAUUACAAUUUUCUCAGGAGUAUAUGUAAAUCAGUUUCAAAAAUGUAAAUUGAUUAAACAUUUUCAUUAUAGAAUAAUACCAGAUUCAAGCUGUGGGUGAUUGUGUUCCACAGACACUGGAGACAAUAAAUGUUUAUAGAUUUAACAUUAUUGAAGAGGGCCAAAGGACUAUCAUUGAAUUCUUCUCAUGCUUAACCACAGAAGGUCAAAUCAUACACCAUUCCCUCGGUUUCUUUCAGUCACCUACCAUGAGUUGGAGUAUCUACUGCAGCUGUUCUUCAAGCUAGAUCUUAUUUGCCUGUCACGCUUAGCUUAACAUACUAUUUUUCUUACUCUUCUGUCCUUCAACCUGUGCUACAUGUUGGCACUUUUUUUUUCCUGUGGGUAUCCUUGAAGUUGCAGAGAUACCAAUCUCUCCUGAACCAAUUUUAAUGGGAAUCCUGAACUGAAGUCCAGAAACAGCUCUGUUUGCUGAUUUCUAGUAAUAUGGCAAAGUACAUGAUCUAUAUGAUUGAUAACUGUAUAGAUACUUCAUUAGGUUUUUUGACCAUAACAUAUGGCUUUCCAGGUGCCAAGACUAAUAUAAAGGGAACCUCAUAAAUGGUAAGAACCUGUAGUUAAAGGAUAUGUGGAACAUUUGCUUUGGUUUAGCACCCAUAUUUAGCUUGUGUUUUUCCUCUGUCAUCUCAACCUUACUGCUAAAGAAAAUACUCCUUGGCAAGAAGGUUCUACUAAGCCAAACAGAACGGCUUUCAGUCUGGCAUUUUGAGCAGAAGUUUGUACCUCAGUCGCUGGUAUUCUACAUCUUGUUCUCACUGAAGGAGUUCAGUUUCAUCAAAGUCUGCCUAGGGAUAAUGUCCACCUAUUAUCCUCUUGCUGAAGGCUACUUGACUUACACUCACAUAAUAGCUUUGUGGUUUUGCUGGACUUGACUAGGGUUCCCGCAGUGUUCCCAGAUGGAAGUCUCAUGGGACCUGAAUCGAGUUCUGUUCCGAUCCCUUCACUAAAGGUAGCUCAGCUAGCUGUGUGCCUUACACUGCACUUUUACACAGUGGUGGCUUUCAUCCUGGCCAUAGUACAGCUGGAAAGGUAGAAGAUAGUCAAGACAUUACGUAAUCAUCUCGCUCUAGAUAGUGUCUAGAGAACCUAUUCUGGAUAACUCUUUAUCAGUGUCACUGUUUAAUUUGAAGCAGGAAAUUUAACCUGUUUUGCUUUCACUGGCCUCAAGUUUACAAGAGAGAAACUUCACUGCAAAUUAAGGAUACAAAAAGGGCUUAACUAUAUUCACCACCUGAGCCUUACAGAUGAUCUGCAUAGUUGGGUGUUCAGUUACAGAGAGAUUCAAACUAGUGAGUAAGUCUGACACAAACAGGGUGUCUUUAAGUCUACCAAGAUGGAGCAGCCUUUGGAGGUUAGAGCAUCUACCAGAGCUUGUGAUGCAUAGUUUCCCAAAGACUGAACAGGGUAAUAGACAUCUUCAAGAAAUUCAGUUACCGAUCGCUAAGCCUCUUUUGCUUAUUUGUUACAAGAAAAAAUCAUUUUAUCUUUCCAGGAAAUUUUUAAUGUAUUGGAAUCUUAAAAGUGGUACCUGUUAAUUGAUAAUUAUUUUGAAAUGAGCUUUAGGCAAUUCAGUACACUUUUACAGGCACUUCUGCUACACAGAAGGGCAUUAAGACCACUGUAGAUCCUCACUCAUACUAACAUUUAUUUAAAAUAUAACAACUUUUACUGCUGUUCUUUUUACUUAUUUUGAGAUUUUUACCUCGGGGGUGGCUUUCACCAGUUUGGAAAAGCAUACACAAUUUUACAUUUCUUGUCAGCUGAGUUUCGUAGUAGAGGUAACAAUACAAAAAGUAUAAAUAGUAACUAGUUUGUAGUUUUAAGGGAUACAGCAUGUUGAGACUGUGAAUGAUUUAUUUGGGAUUGCGUAGUAAGGUACCUCAUCAGGCAUGUGAAGAUUGGGAAAUUCAGUUCAGAGAUGUGUUAAUGAUCUCUGGGCAUCCUGCCUUCAUGGAUACACAUGGUGCUGAUGGUAGAUAAUUUCAUCCUAGUUUGGCGGUUUAAUCAUUCAUAAUGACAUACAGUCCUAUUAUAUAGGUUGGAACUACAUGGCAUGAAAAAUCUCUCUAAUGUUGGAGGGAUCUCGCUACUGUUGGAUUAAUUAUUACAUGUCAAGAGGAAGAGCAGAUAAAGUAGUCUUAAGAUAGUUGAAAAUAC